UUGUGAUCACAUGAGCAAAUAUCACUAUAUAUAGAUCUAACAAUACGGGGAUUGGAAUGCGCCAUGUCACUAGGCUGACUCGCAUGCGUUGUUCUACCCCGACUUCGGGGACUUCGGGGACUUCAUAACUGCAUGAGAAAAUGCCAACAUGAGUGAAUUUAACUGCACGAGGACGGUAGAGUAGCGAGAAGCUGAUCGGCCAUUCAUUCUUGUUAUUUUAAGCGUUAAGGCGUCGAAGGCAUUAUGUCUACAAAUACCUGGUUCACCCGCACCGUAUUUUUGAUGUUAUGUGUCAGCGCCGGCAUCCUGCUACGAUUGUCUUGGGGAGGAUCGAACAAUCGGCCCAGUACGCGUGGAUUGUUGAUAGCAGAUACGAAAGAACCAGCUUCAACCAAUGCCACAGGAGACACAUACCCAAGGCAGGACGAGUCCCAAACUGACAUCGUCAUAGUGCUCGCCUAUUACAGGAGUGGAUCAACGUUCUUAGCGGAGAUAUUUAACCAGAAUGCAGAAGCUGUGUACUUCUUUGAGCCUCUGCGAUGGUUUAGAGAAUCAUUCUUCAAUGAGACGUUUUAUAUCUACCCUGGCAAUACACGAAGGAUGGGACCCAUGGGCACAAUGGCUGCUGACAAACAGGCCGCAUUCAUGGUGGACGUCCUCAAAAAACUUAUCCAUUGUGAUAUAGAGCAUCUGCCGAAGUCUGUAUAUUUCUUAAAUAUGAAUAUGCGAAUUUGGCCUUUCUGCAAUCCCGAGCAAAAGAACUUAAAAGAUAUGGAAAAUUGUUUCAAAGAAGUCGGAGAUACAAGCGACAAGUGUACAGAUAUUCUCAAGGAAGUAUGCACGAGAUUCAGCUUCAAGGCAUUUAAGGUGAUACGCCUGCCCUUGAACGACCUUGACCCCAUUCUGGGUCAAUAUCCAAAUGCCAAGGUCAUUCAUCUCAUCCGAGAUCCAAGAGGAUCGAUCAAUUCGCAACGCUGGCUCUACGAGUAUUGUGGGCUUGAAUGCGCAGUACAUCGACAUUGUAAUGAGCAUAUGUUACCAGACUUAAUAAGCAGGAGAACGCUAGAAAAACGCUACCCAGGGAGAAUAUUGCAGGUGAUUUACGAAGACGUGGUGGAGGAUCCCGUCCUUUGGAGUAAUAGAAUUUACAGUUUUCUAGGCCGCACAAUGCCUGGCAAUAUCGAAUCGUGGCUUAAAAGGGCCACCGGGGCUGAAACAGACAAUGGAACGUGGGGGACAAAAAGGCGAAAUGCCCUAGAAACGGCGCACAGAUGGAAGACAGAUAUGCCGCUCAAGAUGGCGCUUCAGGUGGAUGCGAUUUGCGCUGAGGUAUUGAAACUUCUUCCAAUGUACGAACCCGCUUUCAGAAUACUGCGGCAGCAAAAUCUGUCAAAUGCAAAUAUAAGUAAAACGUGAAAUUAGAAUUAUUUAAAAUAUGUCAUUUUGUAGUGUCAAAUGGUCUCAGAAAAGGUGCUCUACCAUCAGUUUUCGUUCAGUUAAUAUAUACAUGUAUAGACGUCCAGAAAACAUGUCAGUCAUUUCAGUAUAACUCUAGUCCGAUACGUAGAAAGCUAGUGCAGAAUUUCAGGAGGGAAACGUUUUGGGCCCUUCGCUAAGUUAAUUGGUCACAAUCCACGGGAAUGCUUUAUCACACCUACCACAAUCUUCAACUGUGCCCUCAGGUAUGACGUUUUAAAUAAGAUUAAUUGCUUGGGUUGCCGUAUUGCCGACAAACUUUACGAUGAUUUUUUUAAAAUAAAGGUAUUAAUUGAAAUGCAGUAAUCAAAAUCCCUUUAUGCUCUUUGUAUAGUAAUCGAAAGGGUAGAGUCAGCAAACAUAAAAAGGUGCUUAGCAACAAAAUGUAUAACAAAAUGCCAGUGAGACCCGUAGCUUUCAUAAGAUAGCUACACAAAUGUAUGGCAACCUGAAUACCAUUGGCUAUUUACACAAUAAUAGUCAUUAAAAGUAAAAAAUUCAGUGAGAAGUGGACAUAAAAAUGUAUAAUGAGAUUUGCAUCCAUGUUUCCUAUUGAGAAACAAACAGAAGGCAUAUAAAUGGAGCUUAAGGUCAUCAAAGAGAAGCAUGCUUUCGUAUAUUCUUGUUAAACACUACCAUGUUUGGCCAUUCAAUUUUUAUUUUGUAUUGGCACUGGAGCUGUGGGACCAGUGUCAGAUAUGUGGCCCAAAGAUGUUUGGCCAAUGUGGUAAUGGUUUCAUUCACAGUUGCUUAUUACUAUGCAUGUGUUUGCGUUUAUAGGUCUGGCAUAGGUCUGCCCAUAGAUUGCACAGUCUUGAUGGGAUAUUCCGAAUGAUGGUAAAUUCCAAAGGAGUAUUACAUGUAUGAUUUCAAUAAGUUCAAAAUAAGACAGAAUGUUGCUUAUAACCAUUCAUUAGUGUCUUAAUUAGUAUAAUUCCUUAUUCUACCCUCAAGUUAAAGUAUAAUGGGUGAUAUUUUAUACGAUGGGGUACC